AACGCCCUCCUGUCGCUUCCGCUUCCUUCUCCCCUUUCCCAAGUUUCUCCUGCCGGGGCUCUUCUCCUCUCCUUUGUUCCAGGCCUUCUUUCUUUUCCCGUCCGCGUUCUCUUGUUUGCACGGAUUUUUCCCCCCCACCUCGAGCGCAAAGAGCCGCCAGCCAGCCGAGGCAAAAGGGGGUGUGUGAGCUUCCCCGCGAAACUACAUCCCCCAUCAGCCUCCGGGCCUCUUCCUGAGUGUCAGUUUCACGCUGCAGCCAGGGAAUUUAAAACAAAAGAGACUUUUCCCCCUCCUGCUGCCGGGGCUGUCGCGGUCUUCUUUCUUUCUUUCUUUCUGCUCUUUGCCGCGGCUCCGGUCUUCCUCUUCGGGGCUUGGCUGGCUCGGCUUCUGCACGCGCGGCGGCGACUUGGUGGUCUUUGAAUUCUUCCUUUUUUUCCCUCCUCCUCCUCCUCCUCCUCCUGGCUUGCUUUUUUUUUUUUUUGGUCUGUCUCUCUUUCUUUCUCUUCAUCUCCACACCCCCUUCAGCAGCCAGGCGGGGUCUGCGAGAGCAGCAAGAGCAUUAAAAAAAAAAGGAGCGAGCGAGCGAGAGGGGAUCUUUGUGCGCCUCGAUCCACAUUGGACAGAAGGAUCAGGUUACAGAAAAGGAACCGGGAGAAAAAGAGACAGAUCGACAAGAAGGCAGGGGAGAGAGAGAGCGAGAGAGAGGAGGGGGGAAGGGGGGCUUGGCCAGCAGGGGAAAGAGGGGAGGUGGGCGGGGGUCUCCCUCUCUUUCUCUUGCCUCGAUCCCCCCCGCCUCUUUGUGCCUCGCCCCCUCCUCUUCGGCAGGCUCUUUGUUUCUCCCCCCUUCCCCCUCCUCUCCCACCCACCACCCCCAGCCCCCUCCCCAUCCAAGCAGCGGCAGCAGCAGCAGCACCAUCACCAUCCCGCCGCCGCCGCGCCCCCCCACCCCCCUCUCUCCCCAGCCUUUGUUAGCCAUGCCUAGCUUGGUAGUGUCAGGGAUAAUGGAAAGGAACGGGGGCUUCGGGGAUCUGGGCUGUUUCCCGGGGAGCGGCAAGGACCGGGCGCUGCUGGAGGACGACCGGGCGCUGCAGCUGGCCCUGGACCAGCUCUGCCUGCUGGGCUUGGGGGAGCCUUCGUCCGCCGCCGCCUCGGCCGCCCCCUCCUCCGCCUCGGCCUUGGGGGUCGGCGGCGCGGCGGAGGACAGCAACAACAACAACAACAACCCGCCGGCGCAGCCCUCGACGCCGCAGCAGCAGCAGCCCCAGCAGCAAGCGCCGCCGCCCCCGCCGCCGCCGCCGCCCCCGCCGGCCUCGGCCCAGCAGCAGCCCCCGCCGCAGGCAGCCCCCAAAGGCUCCGCCGUGGCCGUGGCCGCCAUCCCGCCGCCCGCGCCCCCGCCGCCGCCGCCGCCCGGCGCCGAGGCCGGCAAGCUGUGCGUCCUCUACAAGGAAGCCGAGCUGCGCCUCAAGAGCAGCUCCAACACCACCGAGUGCGUCCCGGUGCCCAGCUCCGAGCACGUGGCCGAGAUCGUCGGCCGGCAAGGCUGCAAAAUCAAAGCUCUGAGGGCAAAGACCAACACCUACAUCAAGACUCCGGUACGUGGUGAAGAGCCUGUAUUCAUGGUGACCGGCCGGCGGGAAGAUGUUGCCAUGGCAAGGAGAGAGAUCAUCUCUGCAGCCGAGCACUUCUCCAUGAUCAGGGCCUCUCGCAACAAGGCCGGCAUGACUUUUGGUAGCGCCCCAACCUUGCCAGGUCAAGUCACCAUCCGGGUUCGGGUCCCAUACCGCGUAGUAGGGCUGGUGGUGGGGCCCAAAGGAGCCACCAUCAAGAGGAUCCAGCAGCAGACCAACACGUACAUCAUCACACCCAGCCGAGACCGGGACCCUGUCUUUGAGAUCACAGGAGCGCCGGGCAACGUGGAGCGAGCCCGAGAGGAAAUCGAAACCCAUAUCGCGGUCCGGACGGGCAAGAUUUUAGAAUACAACAACGAAAACGACUUCCUGUCCAGCAGUCCUGAUUCAGGCAUGGAGAAUCGUUACUCAGAGGCCUGGCGGGUCCACACUCCAGCUCCUGGUUGCAAGCCUCUCUCCACCUUCCGUCAAAACAGCCUCGGGUGCAUUGGUGACUGCUCUGUAGACCCAGCUUAUGAGACUCCCCGGCUGAAUGACCAAAAUGAUUUUAAUUACAGUUACCUCUUUCCCAAUUAUGGUGUCAACAAACAAGAUCUCUACUACGGGGUUCCUGAGUCUGGUGCUCCCUUGUGGGCUGGGCAGGAAAAUACCAACCCUGUUUCUGUCCUCUUCUCUAAGCAACAACGAUCUAGCAAUACUGGCGCCAUCCAUCCAAACUCGCAUCGUUCCCCAUCCUCUUCUAUACAAGAGCCUACUCUCUCCGGGCUUCCUAGAAGGUGUCAGGGAGAGUCCUUACAAGGGUUUUCCAAACUGGGUCCUUCCGCCACCACCCGGUCGUCCAUCUCGAGCAGCCGGGAGUGCAUGGUGUGUUUUGAAAGCGAAGUAACGGCAGCCCUAGUCCCGUGUGGCCAUAAUCUCUUCUGCAUGGAGUGUGCUGUGCGGAUCUGUGAGAGAACUGACCCAGAGUGCCCGGUGUGCCACGCAACUGCCACUCAGGCCAUUAGAAUAUUUUCUUAAAAAGAGACAUCGUUAGGGGAAUUGGAGUGGGUCAAGGGAAGGGAGGGUGGGAAGAGCAGAGAGCGAGAGCAACUGAGCGAGAGAGAAAUCCAGACAUCGGAAGAAUGAACAAACAAAUUAGAAAAAGAAAGUUAAUUUAAAGAAGAAGAAGAAAAAUUAUUUUAGGAGCAAUGUAUGUUAUUUUUUAAGAAAAAAUAAGAAUAAGGAGAAUAAGCAUAAAGGUGACGACGAUACAAUUAAUAUGGAGAAGCCAGAAAUAUUGGGAAUGGCAAUUGCUAUACGACGGCCCGCAGUGUCGUUUUGAAACGGAGAACUCUCAACACGCAUGAGCAAUUUGCAAGCAACACAGGAAGUGAUGCGGUGGUAGUAGGGUGGGGCCUGUGGCCUGCUAGCGCCAUUACUGGAGGGGAACGAGGGCAUUUUCUCAUCUAGCAAACCCAGCCCUGAUCUUGGUCUGAUGAUGCUGGGCUUUCAACUUGCCUGGUGGGGCCAAAAAUUCAGAAAGCAACUUAGAGCUGUCAGGAAGGGAAACAGAACAGAAAAAGAGAAAAACCAUCAACCUCUGGGAACCUGAUCAAACGAGGGCACAACUGUAUUACCUCAAACAUUUAAAAGAAAAAGAAGCAGCUAAAGAGCUUUAUAUUCUUUUUCCUCUAUUUUUUUUCCUAAGAAAAAAUAAUUAAAACGAAUAAAUAACGUUAAAGCCAGUGAAAUGGGAGAAGAAUCAAAAAGGGUUUGGAAGAACCCCCAAGGAAAAUCCUCCUGGCCACUUUUAAAUUUUAGUUUUGAGUCUUCUGAGCCACUGCAAAAGGUUUUGGAACUUUGAGUUUGCUUUUCCUAUUUGAGCAGGGAUUUGUUCAUCGAAUAAGAAAUCAGGAGUCACUAACAGGGUAUUUCCAAAAACAAAACCAAGCUACCAACGCUUCCAAAUUCCCAGUUAAGGGGAUGGAGGGGGCUGACCGCCAUGUUUCUACGUCUCACCCUUCACACUUGCCAAGUUACGCAGCCACUAACGUAGACACACAAAAAAGAGGAAAAAAAUUCUUCCUUUCCUUCUCUCUUUUGAUUUUAAGAACAACAACAAUUUCUCACGAAAACCUAAGAAAGAUGUUCACGCAAUACCGGCAAUCAAGCCCACUUACAACCAACACGCAUCCCGACGGAAAGCAAAAAAUAAAAUAAAAUAAUAAAAAUGAAAUAACAUGUUUAUAUAUAAUUUUCUCGUCUUUUUAAACUGGACCAAAACUUUUGUUACUCAAAACCAAGCAAAGAGAAAAAAAAAGAGUAUUUACUUAUGGACCAAAACCUCUAUCGUUGUCCUCAUCUGGAUCUUCCGGAGGUUGCUAACUUUUAUAUAUUAUAUUUUUUUCAGAAUGAAGCAAACAGACACAUGCGCAAAAAAACACAAAAAAUAGAAAAAAAUAAUUUUGAAUUGCCUUGUUGAACAUCCUUAAUCAUUUCAAGACAAAGUCGUUUGACUCCUGGUUUUGUUACAUCAGAUACUUUUUGAAAGUGUUGGGAGCAGGCGAGACGGGUCAUUCAAACUUGUCUCCCUGCCUUCUGCAGCCCAGCAACCUAACGUAGUCAGGUUUCUUGAACUUGCUACCUGGAUGCCAAAUUGCCAAGAUGGUCAUAUGUUAAAAGGGGGUGGAUCAGAACAACCCGGUACCACUAUAAAUGCAUAUAUAUGAAUGUUUUCGUUUUCUUCCCAUUCUCUAUCUUUACUUUUCGCUUACAAUUCUUGGAUGCUUAUUUAGGAAGGAACUCUUGACACCAAGGACCUUUGCAAUUUGUUAGAGAUGGUUCUACAAAAAAAAGGAAAGAAAGAAAAGGAAAGACAAAGAAUUAAAGAGCCCAAGCAUUUCUGGGAUUUGUAGGGUUUGUUUUUUUAAAAAAAAAAUCCUUGUAUGCUAUACAGGAGACUUUCAUGUCAUCACUGCAUGCUUCUUGGGAAUACAUUCUCUUUCUCAGCCCUUUUGUUCCACCGAAAAUACCAUCCCUUGACCUCUGCUGAUUUGUUCUAAAUGGUCCCCAGUCAUCUACUGACAGGGUUGUGUGUACUUUCAUGCUUUAAAAAGAAAUAUCCUAAAUUCUGCAUCAAGAAAAUUGUAGAAAUUAUGCUAAUUAAGUGUAUUUAUUUUGCAUGGCUCAACCCACUGCCUUCAAGUAUGAGAGCUACACAAUUCUCCAUGUCACUCUUCGUCCCAGUAGGCCUUGCUGCAACAACAUAUGCUCAUUCGUGGCUUCUGAUAUUUCAGGAGAGAAUGACCACCAUUUCAGGUGGACUCACUUUUUUUGCAAAAAGAUUACAGAAGUGGGAAUUCUCACGAUGAGGGAGUCCAUACCCAUUCCACAAGACCACACUCGCACGGCCCAAUUGAAGAAUCAUGGAGUACAUGCAGCCCUGUCUGAGAAAUUUAUUUUGGGGGCGGGGUGAGGGAGAAGUGACUGAUGUUCCUGCCAAACUUGGCAAUGGUUUGUGAUCUAAGGGAGGAAGUAGGGAACACAGGUAUUUUUUUUUUCAGCUAUGACAAAAUAUGUAUUAUCCAGGAACUGAAAGAAUUUGUGGGGUGGUGAGGCGAUAAUCCAUGACCACAUCUUAUAUUCUGCACUAUACACUGAAAAGACUGUACUCUGCUAAAGGGGACACUGUCAGCCUAUUGCAGGGCUUGCCUUCCUACCCUAGCCUCCGGAAGCUAUAGCGGCUUGAUCCUCGAACACAUUUGGGCAUGAAAAACAUUACCUAAUCAAAAUGAACAGGAGGUUCUUUUUUAAAAAAGAAAAAGAAAAUUGCAGCGAACCCCAAGCCUCUCUGUUUCAAAACUGCAAAGCAUCACCGAGUCUUAAGGGGGCAGCUGUGAUGUUCUUAUGUUCUUCUUAUGUUCUUAUGAUGCCAGCCCCUUCUUUUGAACCAGAUUGAGCCAGCCGCUGAGGGAAACACGAAAGCGACUCCGGAGAGUGAGGCAAACCCGCACAAACUUUCUCAGCACUGCCCAGCGUGCCCAGAGCAGACGCUGACAGAUGCGAGGCAGAACUUAGCAGGGCCGAACUGGGCGAUUCCCCCCGCCCCUUUCCGGUUUGUCAAUUUUCAGAUCCAGCAAAGGGGCUUCGCUACCAAAAUUAAUCUGCACUUGCCUUCAAAGCAGUUCACUGUGCGCCCUGCAAGAAAGGGGUGUUCACUGCACCCUAUCUGUUCUUGGUUAGUCUUCUGGCAUGCCAGCAAAACAACUUUCUAUGCAUUCCUUUUUAAAAGCCUGCAAAUACUUUAAAAAUCUUGGUAACUGGUUUCAUCCCCCACCCCCCACCCCUUUUUUAAGUAAACCCUUGUGGGAUACCAUUAAUUCUGACAGUCUCCCUUUUUUUUGGUGAAAAAGAAGUUAUAAUACUUGUUUUAUUCAAUAGAAUUGUAUUAAUCCCAGUAGGAGAAAUGGAGAAAAGGAAAGGAGGCAGAGGAGGGGGCGGGGGGAGUAACAUUUUCUGUUUUGGAGAAAGCAGACAAGAGGAAACCAAUCGAUACCAGUCUGAUUCCAUUUGUUUCUGGUGGUAGUGACGGUAGCACGGUACUGGUGGGAAGUUAUCUUAACUUCUCACGCUAAUGUAGAUAAAAUGGGGUGGGGUGAAGGAGCCAGAGGGUGGACUGAAAUUUGCGGGAAUGGUGGGACACACAGCGAUGCUCCCUCUGGCAACGUGGCGCCCUACGCAGGGCCGGAUAUAUUCUUUGAAUUUAGUCGUUCUUGGCGGAGUGAAGUCUGUUUUGUAGUUAAUGUGAGAGAGUUUUCGGUCAAUGUUUUAUUGUUUUAUGCCAGGUGAUGGAGAGAAGAGAAAAGCGGAGGGCAGGGCCUCCCUUUGUGGGGAAAUGUGCAUGGGGGGAAUAUUUUAGCACCGGCCCUUUGGGGCCAAGUAGGAAAAGUGUGGAAGGACGGGGAGGGGGAAAUCCAUUCUUUUCCUCUGGUUUUCUCCCCCCCGUUGCCUCCUUAUUAUGGUAAGAAAGUGAAAUGGCCCCUUCCCUUACACGCACGCAUGAUGAAAAUAUUAGAAUCUUUCCCUUAGAAAAACAAACAAAAACGGAACAAAAAAUAACAAUAUAGAAUCCAAAACCAAUAUCCAAACUUGCUAAUCAGAAACGGAAGGGGGGAGGGGUCCAAGUUUGCGAACCAGGCCUUGCCCUCUUCCAAGUUAAUUUUUUUGAAUAAAGAAAUUUUUUUUAGUUCCAAUAACCUUUUAUCUAUCUAUCUAAUCUAUAUAUACAUAUACAUAUAUAUUAAAAGAAAGCCUGAUGUAGCAACUCUAGUUUAAUAGCAGUAUUUUAACUCCCAUCUUUUAAAAAAUAUAUAUAAAUAUAAAUAUAUAUAUAUAUAUUUCCACCCUCCCUCCCUGUUAUUUUUUAAUGUAGCAAGUGAAAGAAAAAAAAAACCAACCCAAGUGUGCAGAACCUCAGUUGCAAAACCAAGAGCUACCUCUGGUCUAAGAGGGGGCCUGCAUACUUACCUUGGGGAGAAGGGAGGGUCCUGUAGGGGGCGCCCAUCGAUUGGAAUUCCCAGGGGUCCCUUACAGGAAGGGGAUGGGAAUAAAUUUUGCGUAAUUACUUUGUUUUUAAUAUAUGUAUAUAUAUAAAUCUUAAAAGAAAAAAAAAGAAAAAAUGCCCACGACCUUAAUUUUUUGCUCUGACUUGUAUCUUCCUUGAUAGGUAUGAAGAAAUGGCUUGUUGGUCUGAUUCACCAGCAAUAAAGAGGACAAAUGUUAUUAUUAAUAUUAAUAAUAAUAAAAGCAACCCCUCUAGCACGAUCAGAUGGGCUCUUGAAUAUCUGGGAGUUUUUAAAUUCCAAUCUGUGCCAAUACUCAUAUCUUCACUGAGGUAAUGCUGGAUUCCCCCACUACCUUCCCAGGGAAACAACGCCCGCUUCGAAAGAGACUGCACAGCGGUCGAUUUUUUCCUAGGCCUUACCACCCUUGCCAUUGCAAUUGCCUUUGGCACAGGGAAGAACUCAUGUCUUGUAACCUUCGUCCAUCACAAGCUGAACUGCUUCAUUGAUAGGGAUCCCCGCCCUUUCACUCUGCUCGUACCAAAUGGGGAAAUGGAGCAGUGAUGAAUGAGUCUGCUUUAGUCUCUUCAGUCCCUUUCCAGGGGAAGAAGACCUGGCCGCAGGGCAUUUGGGAAUAAAGAUGCUCGUCUCUGCAGUCUCCUACACAUGGGUCAAGCCGUGUCGGAGUGCAGCACUGCCACCAGGCUAUAGUUUCCAGGAUGGAUCGGAGGGAAGCCAUGACUAUUAAAUGGGUGUGAAAUCAAUACAUGUUUCCCUGAGAGUAUGGAGUUGGGUUGGAGUACAGAUACUGCUCAAAUGACACUUAUGAGAAGCAUGCAGUGUGUCGGGUACAGUUAUGCGGACUCCCCAACUUCUGCUUUUCGCACAACCAAAGUUUACUUUGGCCAAGCCCAUCCAAACCCGAUCCCAAGCUUUGGCCAGCCAACAGCAUGCAAUUCAUACCCAAUAGCAGCUGCCUCAGAGUGUCAGUUGAGUUCAGAAUGCCAGUCUGUUUUGCGCAUUUUGGCAAAAGAGCCGUUUGCCGUGUCAUGUUUGGGAAACACAGAGUAGAAGCAAGCCGUGUAGAAACACUGCCUGAUGUUGAAAGGCGUGAACUGGUGCGCGUUUACAAAAGCAGUGAAGGAAACUUUGUUUUAGGCAAGAUAAUUUGACGCAGGUUUGCUCUUUGCUACUAAAUCUGAUUUCAUGAGGGCGAGAUCUGGUAUCUGAUACCAGUCGGCAGCAUCGCUGGAGUUGGAAAUAAGUUGCUGAACUGAAGCCUAAGAUCUUUUGUACAUUCGAGCGUCUCCAAAUGAUGUGGGCUCUAGUGGGAAACCUCUCCAAGUGCUGGCAAGUGUCAAGUACGUAAAAAAAAUGGGAGGGGGGACCAUAGAGAAAUGGGAGAGUUGGGUAGAGCUGAAAGAAAAUAGUCUAAUUGAAUUAGCGAAUUUCAGACCUAAAUUCAAAAUUUUUCUCAGGUCUAAAUAUUAAAAUUCAAAUUGGAGGUAUUUAGAACUCUAUAGGAAGAAUUUCAAGGAAAGCAAUGUCCUUGUGUUUUGAAAUAAUAGCAUUUCCGAAAUGCAGCUUGGAAUUCUUGCACCAGAGGUUUGAUGAAAUGUAAUUACUUCAAAAUUUCGCAGGCAAGGGGUGGACAGUUUGAAAAUUCUAAAACUUGACACUGACGUGUGACUUCAGUGGGAAUUUGGAAUUAAUAUUCCAAAUUAUGCUUUGGAAUGCCAAUAAACUUUCACGUCUUUUGGCAACAAAAGGUCGUGUUUUCAAGACUACUUGAUAUUUGCUUCAAAUUUGUUACGUAUCAAGGACCUGAAUUCGAGACAAGACGUUGAUGUCAUCAAAACAUAGCAACUUGAUAGUUGUCUUAUUGGAAUACAAUCUUUGGCCAUUGUUCUGAAAUUUCAGCUUGGAAAACCUGCUAUUGGCAAAACACUCCUUUCAGCUCUAUCCAAACUGGAGUGAAUCAUUAAUGUCCGCACUGGCUGAGAAGAGAGACAAAUGCCAAACAUGUGAAAUUGGAAGCCAUUGUUUAGAGGUAUUGGCGUGUUUAUAUAAAGGGGUGGGAACAGAUCUAUCCAGGGAGGGAAUUCCCAUGAUCAUACUGUGAGAACAGCCUCAUUGACAUAAAUUAUAUAGAGAAUAGUAUUAUUAUAAUGCAUUAAAACUAAGAAAUGAAUUGGAUUUAUAUUUAAAUGAGGAGACAUUAUCAAUAUCCUAGCCAAACUGUAGUUUGCAGAAGUAUUUUUAGCUGCUGGGAUAUCUUAUCUUUUUUUUCCUCUUUUCUCUCUCUCUCUCUCUCUUCAUACACAUACUUCUAAAAACCUCCAGUGAUGCAAAGGCUGCGACUGUUAAUCUAAAGCCCCUCUUGAAUCAAAUCGACAGCAACAAACAUUUCAGUCUUUAGUUUAUUUUCGCCUUGACGAGGUGCAUUUACAAGCUCGGUUGUUUUGGUGUUUUGUUUUGUUUUUUAAAUGGAGAGGGGGGAAAGAUUAAAAAAAUUAGAACAUUUCUUUAUAAUUUAAUAUUCUAUUUUAAUAAAUGCAUUUAUUACAUGUAAAUGUAGUAAGGAACUGGGCUAAAAUAAAAAAAUACUUUUUAUUAGGUAAUUUAUUAUAAGGAAAAAAAGGAUAUUUUAUUUUAUGAUAAAGUGAUCCUUAAAAAGAUUAGAAUGUUUAGAAUAUAUGUAGGUUAAAAAUACAUUUGUAUCCAGAGUAUUGCUUAAAAAAGUGUUUUUAAUAUAUGUUUUUCUUUUUUCCUUCCUCUUGUGUGUGCGUGCGUGUAUGUAUAAGUGGGUAGUUAUGGUACGAAUAGCCCUUCCCCCCCAAAAAAACCUUAUCACACAUUUGUAAUGGGAAAAAAAGGAUUAAAAUAACAAAUAUUAUGAAUUGGAUAGAAGAAAUGCCACUAAAAAAUCCUAACUGGACAAACACUUCUCUAGAAAGUAUCCAAGAUGUUUAAGUUUGAUUUAAAAAAACUAAACACAUGCUUUAAGAAUCUAACAGCACUGUCUUAGAGAUAGUUUCCCUCUUUUAUGUCCUUUGAAGUCAAUGGACUUGAAAGGGUAUGACUCUACUUAAAUAGUAUUUCUGUUCCCAUGGAUAUAGGGAGUGCUUUGGGACUUUGCAGGCCAGUUCUGAGCAAUCUGCCUCAGAACUCUCUUCAGAUCCAGCUGGGAAUUCCCAGUGUCAGUCUUUUUGAUAGGCAGAUAGUUGACAGUGAGAGGCAGAGGUGUAUCUAGGGAAAAUGCAGCCCGGUGCAAAAUCUUAGUUUUCUGCUGCUCCCACCCCGUAUGGAUGGCCGCCCUCUCACACCACGACCAAACAACUUUUUUUUGCACCAAGACAAGUCACUUGUCUUGAAGUCAGUGUAUGGAGCCAGGGGAAGGGGUGUGGGGGGCGAUUUUCCGCCCCCACAUGACUAAAUGGCCACAGCCCAGGGACAUUUGACCCCAUAUGACGUCCUGGGCGGUACGCCCCUGGUAAGAGGCCUCUAUAUUGGCCAUGCCCAAACAGAAGGGACUUUCUAUUGGUCCAAGCUUCCAACUAGCCUCCUCACCCAUCUUCCUGUGACUAGGAAGACUGUUGGUGGUCUUCACUGAGCUUCUGUGUCAUGGAUCCUCACUCGUUGACCACCCCCACCCUUCCCAGCCACUUUCUCACAAUUACAAGAUGUAAGAUGAGGAAACCACACAAUCUGAAAAACGCUGAGCGGAAUACAAUCAAAACUCUUGGUAAUCUAGGCAAAUUGCAACUAACCACUGUCUGCUUAUAACUCCUGGAUGAGGUGAUUCUCAUUAUCUAAUGAAUAGCUGAGGAAAAAUUACUGUUUGUGCACCAGCCAAACAAACCCCUAGAAAGUAAGAGGAGUGAUAAAAUUCCACUGUCAUUAAUUAGUACUGGGUGUACGGCCAUGGAAUAUAUGGUUCCUCACCCAUCUUUAGACAUAAGGUUUGUGGAUAUUUUGGACACCUUUCUGUGGUCCAAUUAUUUCAGGUAUUAACAACAAUCCUCAAAGGAAAUAUUUAAGGCAAUCAGCAAUUUUGCUGAUUUCUAUAGUCCUAAAAUAAAAUGUGUGUUUUCAAAAAUAUUUAAAAUUCCUGCAAGCAUGGAACUAGGGAUCCAGCCAAGAGCUUAAUCAUGAGGAAUGCUGGACACAGCUUCAGCGUACUACAUAUUAAAUACUUCCUUUUGAUACUUUGUGGAAUGGGUUGCUCUCUUCAGAGGGUAAACCUACACCCUAUCCUGAAACUGAGUUUAGUCAUCUACUGUCUACUUAUGGAACUGUAAUGCUGUGAUUGGCAGUUAGAAAUCUCUAGCAGAGAAUUAGGAGCAAACCACCAGGCUAAACUUCCUAGAAUUUCUGGGAGAACAUGUGACAUUUAACGAUAAAAUGAACAGCACUUUGUAGUGCAGAUGUACACCUUUGGAGUUGAGUGGUAUUUCAGCACAGACCCAGUUCUUUGUGAAAGAAACACUAAAAAUAACCCCCUGUUUCUUAGAGGACAGUGACAAUUCUGGUCUCGUUUAGGGUUACCAAACUCCAGGUGGGGUCUGGUGAGCUGAAAAUGCCACUGAUCUGCAGACUAUUAGCCCAAUCCAGGGGCUAGGGCUGAAUCCAUCUAUGGAAGUGGUACGGGGCUGCGCCAGUGGAUUUGCUCUCCCCAGGGCACUUACGCCAGUGGAGGGGCAAAUCUGCCAGAGGGUGGCUGCAACGGCCCUCCGCAGCGGGCAGACAUGGUGCAGAGCACUGCAUUGGUACUGCUGGCGUAGUGGGGCUGUUCUGGAGGCGUAGCUGGGGGUAGAGCCGACAUUAGUCAGCUUCCACAAUGCCUUUGCCUGCCAGAAUGCUGGUGCCGGGAGCUUAGCCCACUUGAGGGCUUUUGGGCAGCAAAUAGGGUGGGGUUUUUUUUUUUUGGUUUUUCGCCUCCCUGUGCCAACAAGAAGGCCUCCCUUUGCCAGGGGCUCUAAAUUGGGCUGUAUAGGGAUUAGUUCCCCUGGAGAAAAUGGCUGCUUUGGAGAGUGGACUCUUAUAACCUUCUGUGGUCUCAAAUUGUGUCCUCCCCAAGGCCACUCUUCCAAAUUCCUAACCCAACAUUGACAAUUCCAGUCUCUCUUACAUUUCUGCAAGGCUGGGUCUUCUACAUUUUAUCAAGUCAGAAGGAAAGUGUCUCGGCUCUGUUGGGCUUUGUUCAAAGAACCAUUUUCGUAGUUUUUAACCAAAAAUUAAAACAAAGCAAAAAAAAAGAAAAAAGGGAGUCCAUGAGUAUAUUAAAUAAAACUUUUUAAAAGUAUAAAAUUUCUAAUGUAUUUCCUAUAAUCCUAUAGAAAAGAAUAAACAUUAAUAGUAGAUGAUAUCCAUAUUGUUGAAGAAAAUAUAAGAAAUUGACGAUCCCGGACAGAGCAGAAUGUAAAAUAAAUUCAUAACCAAGGUCAGGGUUUUUUAUUGUUAUAAUUAAUUUCCCUUCUAAUCCUAUGCAGUUUUUUUUGAGGUCAUUACUACGUUACUUAACUGAAAUUUGAACCACCGUUUAGUAGACUUCCUGUCAAUCAAAGCUGCAAUGUUAUUUUUUUAUGGAAGGGGGAAAUUAUGGGAUCUAUUGUGUAUUUUUUUAAAAAAAUAGGUUUGGAUUUUUAUGUUGAUCUUUUAAAGAAUAUUCAUCCAUAAGAGAGAAAAUAUUCAUGAAACAGAGAAGAUUACACUUGUUGGGUUUAAUUUCAACUUCCGGCCAGAGGCAAGGAGGUAGUUGAGUUUUGAACAGAAAGUGGAAAAUGUAAAAAACAUGAGGUUUGUUUGUUAAAAGGACAGGUUACUGUUUUCUUUCUGAGAAAAAAAAAGAAAGAAAAACUUCUCAAGACAGGCUUUUGAAAGGUCCUUACCAACAUAUUAACAAAUACAGUUACAUUCCACUUAUACUUUGAAAAUAGAUGAUCAAUGUGAAUGAAACAUUUUGCUGAUAUUCCUUGCCUGUCUGUUCCUAUUUCCAUCACUGGUGAAUAAUACAAUUAAAAAAAACCCUCCUAGAAUUUAAAAGGAGAAUUUGGAAUAAAAUUGUCCCAUAGUUAUAUUCUGCAAGACUAUUAAGAAGUUGGAAUUGUGGAAAGAACAGUUUUGACCAGCAAGCAAUUACCUUUGAGACCCCACCCUAACAAGUCUACCCAAGGCUGAAAGAAUAAUAUAACAGUGUUCAGGGUCUUGAAAUAUGUUUUCAACUUAGUAUAAACUCUUAUUAUUAACUUAAGCCAUGUAUGCACUAUAAUCUCCUUCGCAAUGAGCAUACAUUCCCUUUGGGUUUGAUUCUUGAUUAUGUAUAUCUUUUCACUCCUUCUGAGCUCACUGCUCUGUCAGAUCAGAUAAUCCCCACAGUUUCUGGAAGCUGUUAAAGUGUGGUUUUUUUUCUCACCCUUUGCUGGGAAAGUGAAGGAGAUCACUGUAUGUUAAGCUUUCUUUGGGUUUUCUGGCUACUCCCCUCCUUUCUCCGUCCACACAACAGCCACCAUUUCAGAAUGACUAGAAAGGCUUUUUUAUCUUUAUUUUAACUCUGAUGGUCUGUCACUGGAGUGAGACCUUGUGAAAUUCACAUGAAAUUGACAUGCUCCAGCAAAGUAAUGCUAGACCAAAGACAGCAGGAUAAAAAUGGCAGGCAACCUCCUCAAAUGGAGGUUGCAUGGAAGCAGGAAGGAAGGAAGCAGUAAGCAGGCAAAAUGGCAGAUUGACUUGGCUAGGGACACUUCUCAGGAGGAGAAUCCCUGUGUAAACAAAAAAGUGAGAAAACCCCACUGUGAAGCAAAGAGCUGUGGGGUGAAGGGUGCAUGCAGCCCUAGAGUCUCUAAUGUUUACUCUGCAUUUUCGUGGAAGUUCAAAAAUCUGGAUAUUCUCUGCUAGCGCAAAAUUUUAUUUCCCUCCAGCUUUGAGCCCGAAUAUAUCCCCCCUCUUAAAAUAUUCCAGUACUCUGACAACUCAAAAUUCUUGGGAGGUAAACAAAUUAUGCCUAGCAAACAAGCCAAAUAUAGAUAAUCUGAGGACAGGCAAGUAUGGAAUUUGGAUUUGUGUGUGUGUAUAUGUGUGUGUGUGUGUCUGUGUGUGGAGGGGGGAUAUAAAGACACUCAUUCUUAGAAUACACGAAUCAGACCGGGCAGUAUUCAGUUUUUAUGCAGUCUUAAAGGAAGUGUAGAUUAAAAUCUCGAAGAGUAUAAAGUUCACAAUUUUCAAGGGGCUGGAGAGCCUCUGGUUCAUUAUUGUUUGCCUCUGCAAAGUGAUAGCCAUUCUGAGCCUUAUUUCCUGAGGAACGUCUCGCAUUGGGUAUCAUAUCCCAGUGAUCAGCGGCUUUUGCUGCACCAAAAUCUUUUGAUAUUAUAGGACCUUAUUAUAAAAUCAAACAAUAACAUAGCUUAUAGGAUGCUAUUAGAGUAAUUUGAAGUAAGCCUCUAAGAAGUAUAGAGUUGACUCCCACUCCCACACCCUACCCAGUUGGAUUAUUUUCUCAUUCCACAAUGAAACUGUAAAACAAUUCAAAAGUCUUGAAUAUUGGUGGAAGCACCCAGUGGAUUCAGAAGACAAGCUACAGAGUCACUAUGCUCCAAAUGUAGAAAUGUGGCUACUUCUGGAGUGAGAGAGAGCACCUUUUUAGAGUACACAGGUAUGCCCAGUUAAGCUUUCAUGAACAUUUGACACAUGUCUAGCAAAUAUCCCCUUUUGCCCCAUUCUCAACUGUUUUCCUGUGUUGCGAAUCAGGGCUAGGCCUUUCCCAGCCUGAUUCAAAUACAGAUUUAAGUCCACCAUAGUCCUUGUGAUGAUGUCAAACAUAUGUACAUCUGGAAUACCUCCAGGUCUCUGUAAAAGAAUUGCUCUCUGUGGGUGAAAAUUUUCCAAGUCCUAUUAGAUCCUGUGGAAUUUCUAAUCUUUGUAUACAAGAUUAGAAUCUGCUUUUUGGGAUCAGAAUCCAGUUUAAAACUGAAUUAAAAAUGGAAUUUCCUUUGAUUUGUUCAGACAAUUGGUGUUCACGGUCUAGGAAAUAGUAAAACAGAUCAAACAUUUUGCUAUUUCGUCGCUUUAUUAUUUUUUUUUGCUUGUUUUCUUUACCUCAUUUUGGUUUUUUUUUAAUGGUUUGAUACUUGAAACAGUAUGCCCUGGACUGAAACUCGGAUGCACUUUAUAGUUUACAUCGACACUACAAAUUUAAACUGUUUUAAAGCUAAUUUAACUGCUGUGGCAUUCUUCAAAGCUCUCUGGGAAUUUCUGCAAGGGUGCUGAGAAUUCUGUUUGUUCCCCAGAAAGAUGAUAGUUCGGUCAGUUGAGGUGCAAUGAUUGAGAAAAUUAUAGACUUCCACAUUAGAAUAUAGUCCUGAAUGAAUAUGAGAAUUAUCAUUCAUAUGUGUUGCCUUUGUCAAAACCAUUAUUUUGUGCAUUUAUUGAACAUGGUACUUUGAUACAAGAGCAUUUAUGUUUACUUUCAAAUUUUCAAAUGGAUGCGGGGAGCCGGGCUAGGUAGGACUAGUACCCAGGUGGAACAUUCUACAACAAAGAAGGUCCAGCAUGCUUUGCUUUGUGGCAGAGGAAUAUACAACCCAACAAUCAUCUUUCUGUGGAACGUAGAAUUUAGAUCUCCUCACAGAACUACAGUUCCCAGGAUUCCUUGUGGAGGGGGGUUUAAUGUAAUAACUAGACUGAUUUAAGUUUGUAGGGCAGAUGUUUUCUAAUACUUGUACCAAUCAGCAAAUUCUAGCCUUGCUUUAGUCCGAGACAAUGGCAUAGACAUUUGCUCAUUGAUUUUGACAGGUAGGAGAAGCUGAUUGAGUGGGUGCUUAGCUUUUCAAAAAAUAUUUCUACUUUCUUGGGAAGGAUGACAUUGAACAACCUGGGUCCAUUUUUGCUAGUACUUAUGUGUAAAUUAAAGGUACCUUUUUGAAAUCAGUUAUACUAACUUCUGGUAUGUAAAACCUGAUGCAAUUUCAGUUGCUAUUGAAGUAAAGAGGAAUUCAGGUAUUACAUUUUGUAUCAGCAUUUCAGAGUUGGUUCCCAUGGGAAAAUGCAGAUCUGUUGUGUGUUAAUAGAAUGAAUCUUGGAUGAAGGUAGGACAUGAAAUCCACUGAAGUCACAGGAAAAUCUUUUACUGAUCAGGAUAAAAUCAGGAAACCAAUAUUCUGCGCCUGGCGUUAAAGGAUUGUUGUAAUAAAAUCUGGAGUGAUUCCAUUUUGUUUAAACUAAAUGAAGCCAGGUUUUAGGAGAAAAACACUGAUGCCUUUUAAACUAGUGGGCCGAAUUAAAGCUAGAACCCUUUUUCUCCGAGGAAAACAAUGUGAAAUAAACGGCUACAGCAAAACAAACAAACAAAAAUCAGAGCCGCACCAUUGCAGUAAAUGCUGUGUAUCCAGGUCCACUCCAGUAGCAGAAAUGCUUAAUCAAGACACAUACCUUAAUCCAUUUGUUAUAUUAAGAACCAUUCUAGAAUUAUUAUACAAGUGGAAACAGAUUUAUCCUUAUAAGUGAAAGAAUGUAUUUUACCUAUCUAUAGUUCUUCCAUGAUCCUUUUGCGACAGGGGAAGAGAGGAAAAUACCUCAAUACAACAGUGAGGAAUUUGCUACAUCUGCAGAUAUCCAGCUUAAACACAAAAGUGUGGUGUCUGCAUUGUUACUUAAUUUUCUAUUAAAAUGGAUCUGUGCUUUUUUUUCUUUUUUUAAAAAAAGAGCAAAAUGAUUUCAUUGCCUUGGUGCUAUUGUGACCUUUUCCACGUGUUCAUAAAUGAGAAGAAUAAUGGUUACCUCUUUAUCUCUUGAAUUAUGGGAUGCCCCUCUGUUUCAUUCAGCCAUUUUGACUCCACAAUUCAGCCACUCCAAUGCAUGUGCCACGUUGUAUGCAUACAGUCCCAAGGGGAGGAAUACUGGGAAUGUGUCUGCACUGCAAACUCAAAACCAGUUUUUUCAUUUUAGUACAUUUCCCAGAUUAUCCUAAAAAGAGGGCAUUAAUUUGUCGUUCUCGUUCACCAGGGAAACCUGGGAAAUGUAGUUCCAAGCGAGGGGCAAAGGCUCUAUAAUCAAGAAUUAGCACUCUUGCCUAACUACAAUUUCCAGUGUUUUGUGGGAGAAGGGGAAGCCAUGAAAGUUAAUAUAAGAUUGUAGUGUAGGCAUAGCCUCAGCAUUGGAAAAGCCACACAUACAGAUGGAAAAUUUUCUUCAAAGAAGGAAGUCCAUCUGUAGCUUUGAAUUUUGACUGUGGCUUAAAUAGGCAUCCCCAAAGAAAGUUUCUGGGGUCUCCUUCCUUCUGCUGAGUUCAACAGUUUGUUCCGUCACAUUUUUGGGCCAUGUAUCUGAAGGCUGUCAUGGAGUUGUUUUCUUUUUUUAAAAGAUGGUGCUGAAAAUUUUAUUCUGAGUUAAUGAAAGAAAAUAGAUACACAUUUCAUAAGCCAAUCGCCUGUUGAAUUCUCCAGCAGUUUCUCUGAUAUUCUUAAUGCUACGGACAUUUCCAGCUCGUUCCUCAUUUUAAAAAAAUGUCUUUGUUGGCAUAGGAAACCAGUAGUUAGUUCAUGGAAGUUGAUCCUAUCUUACGGCCAGGGUUUGGAAGGGCGGGCUUUGUUUUGUUUGUUUUUGCGUACAUUUUUCCCGCUCUUUUUCUCCGUCUGCAGAAGUCCAUUUGAGAAAGAGAGUCCGACAGACAGACGCUGAGAAAUACUAACCCAACACGUAUGAAAAUAAAAAGGAAAAAAGCUUACUAGUUAGACUCAGUGUCUUGAGUUUCGGAGGCAUAUAGAAAAGAAGAUUUUUAAAAAGUUUUAAAAAAAAUAAUGAUGUUGCACAACUUGUAGGAAAACCAAGAAGGGAAAGGGUUAUUGUAUUAAAUGUGCUAAAUUACAUUAAGAACUUAAUUUUAUUAAAGUAUUAUUACUUAAGAAA